AUGUCUGCCGUCGCCGUCCCCCCUUUCACCGAUUCCUACCUCAUCCUCUCAAUCUACCCUAAUGCCUCCCAAUCAGAGGUCUCUAAGGCCUGGAAACGACUCGCUCUUUCCCUCCACCCAGAUAAAAACCCAAAAAGAGACACCACCGAGAGAUUCCAGCGGCUACAAGACGCAUAUGAUGCCAUCAAGACGAAGAGAGCACGCCAGCACCACGACACCCUUCGGACCCAGCACUUGGCUGCUCUGGAAGCAGCAAGAAUGGCUGCAGAAGCCGCAGCAUUAGCUGCAAGAGAAGCGAAGCAAGCGAGAGAGAGCUGGGAAAGAGAUCAAAAACAGCGAAAGCAGCGAGAGAAGCUGAGAAGAGAAAAGGAUGCCCAUCGGAUCCAAAAGGAGAAGAAGGAAAAGCGAGAGAGAGCCGAAAGGCGCAUGGCUGCAGAGGAAGCAUGGCUAGUUGCCAGCAUCAUCCAAUCACUGCACCCCAGAAGACUAUCCCCUAUCGAACGAGCUCUCAACAGAGCAAAUCGGCACUGGGAGAACCAGAAGCCUAUCCUUUUCGAGUUCAAAAAUCGGAUCCACGCCAGCUACCUAGCCAGAGCUGGUAUACACUGCGAGGUACGAAAUAACCUCAUCGAGAGCAUUAUGCGACAGCAACACUCGAUACAUCAAUACCGCGGUCAAACGACAGCAACACCGCUUUCUAAAGGCGAAAACCUGAAGCGAAACAAAGAACUUUUCGCUACUUUCAAAAUCCUCCGACAGGAAAGCAUCAGUUACGAAAAACAGCAACUAGAAUGGCGCCAAUCCAUCUCCGCGGAAGCUCUCCGCAUGAUCGGCCCUCGCAACCCAUUCCUCGUUGAAAACAACACUCCCGAUUGUUUCGAGCCCGCGCGCUGUUUCUGGGAAUCCUUUACCGAGAUCUCGCGUCCCCUGGCCAUCGACGCUAGCAAACUCAGCAUGGCCUCCAGCAAGCUUUGGAACCAAGCAUUAUAUGGAUUCAUUGCCAAAGAAGCCGUGGUUGGAGUGGCGUCCAAUUCCGCUUCGGAAUCGCACGAUUUAGAUGCUUUACGAGAUAUCUGGGGACGGAAGAUGGAGGAGGGACCAUGGCAUGGUGCGCUGGGGGAUCGCCUGGGCACGCCGGUGGGAAAGGGGGGAGGGAGGAUAUUUGCGGACGUUGUUGUUUGA